GCUGUAAAGCACCAGAGCGGUCUGGUUUCGUCGGAGCUCAGGUUGCGUCCCCCUUCCUCGGCUGGUGCAUAUACGGUUUGUUGAUUGAUGGCGUUCUUCUAUUUCCCUUGGCAUUCCUUGGACUGUUGCCAGAUAUUGCGUCAUCCCGCCGAUGACCAUGAGUAUUAUCAGUCUUCUUCCUUCUAUCGAUGGGUUCCCUUGUUCCCAGUACUCAAGUGCUUUAUCGAUUUUUUCUAGGGUUCUUGCCCAUGUGCCCACUUGUUCAACUUUGUUUCCGAUCCAUGCUCCUAAACAUCUUACUGGCUCCCCUUCUCUAGCUAUCUUCACGUGUUCUGGGAUUAAGUCGAUGGUUCCAAUUGGGAUCAUUUCCGUUUUAUUUAUGUUGAAUCUGGCUCCGGAUGCUUUGCACCAUUUGUCAAUUAUGUCUAGGAGCUCGCCGAAGUCGUCUUCUGCAUCGAGGUAUACAGCAGUAUCGUCUGCAAACAGUGUAGCUAUUAGCCUUUCCACUUUACCCUUUAUUUUGAUUCCUUUUAGUUUAGAUUGGCGUAGUGAUUCAGCUAGUGGUUCUAUUGCCAGGUUAAAUAGUAGGCAUGAGAGUGGGUCCCCUUGGCGUACCCCUCGGGUAACUUUGAAUGGGCUUGAGCUUUUUU